CAAGCAGGUGUUGGUUUCGACGUGAAAGGCCAGAAAACCUCAAGUGACGAUGGCCGGUCGAGCUUCAGCACGGGGGUCUUGGGCCGUAGGCUCAGGGCGAGCCAAGGUGGCUGCGGAGGAGGAUUGAUGCCGGCUCACUUCAUAGGGGAGCAUCAGUCCUUCACUUCCAACAGCCAGGACAAGGUCGAUCAAUGGAGAGGAGCGAGGGAGCGUAGGAAAUCCACGGAUCCAGUCCGCCCCGCCAUUCAUCCUUGUGUCCAUCGGCGGAGUGCAAGCGCCCCCACCUCCCCCAAGGCGGUUCAUUUCGGUCCAGUAUUGGAGGACGUACGCUACUUUAACCAAGCCGAGCGUCCUAUAGCGGUGAGUGCAGGUUCCUCGCCUAUCAUGGGCGGCUCAUCUUGCUACUUCUCGUUGCCCCCACAGGAGCUGGGUCCGUACGAGUGGGAGCUCUCCACACCCAACUUUCCUCGCUCUCGUGUGUCUCAAGAGACCGCACCUGUUAGACUGGAUCGUAUCUACCUUUCCAACGACAGCAUGAAUCUCUUGGGCACUGUCGUGGUGGCCAAUCUUGCCUACCACAAGUCUGUCGUGUGUCGAUUCACCAUGGACUUCUGGAAUACCAUCUCUGAAGUUACGGCCCAGCAUUGCCGCGAGAUUGAAGGUCAUGACGUAUUCACGUUUACAGUCGGGCUGGCAGAACUGGUAGAUCUUGAGAUGAAGCCCAUGUUCCUUUGCGUUCGAUAUAAUGUAAACGGUCAGGAGUUUUGGGACAACAAUUCUAGUCUGAACUUUCAGCUCGACUUUAGAAAAAGGUUCUUGUGUUAG